AGCGCAGUAACUCAGGCCAGUCGUAGAAUCGAUUUGAAGUCUUAUCCGUUCAGUUGCGCGGGUGAAAGCUGUUAUUUUUAAAUUUACGAUGGAUCGGUGGGCAGGAAAAGUCGCUCUCGUUACCGGAGCUAGUGCUGGAGUCGGCGCUGUCACGGUUGAGACUCUCGUUCGAGAGGGUCUCACUGUUGUCGGCGUAGCUAGACGAGUGGAAAAUGUCGAAAAACUUGGCGAAAAGCUAAAGGGCGCGAAAGGCAAGCUUUGGGCGAAGAAAUGCGACGUCACCAAGGAAGAAGAGAUCCUGGAAGUCGUCGAAUGGAUCAAGAAAACCCUCGGAGGCAUUGACGUCCUCAUUAAUAACGCUGGGAUGGCAUAUUUUGCAUCAAUUUCCGACGGAGAUACGGAGGGAUUUCGUCGGGUUCUGGACGUUAAUGUCCUGGCAGUCGCUAUCUUGACAAGGGAAGCUAUACGCUCCAUGAAGGCGCGUCAAGUUGACGGUCACAUAAUCAACAUCAACAGUGUUUUGGGCCAUGAAGUUCCUGACGUAAGCGACAAGUACAGUUUAUACCCGAGUAGCAAAUACGCGGUAACAGCAAUGACGGAGGUCACGAGGAAAGAGUUGAUCAAAGCCAACACCAAGAUCAAAGUAACGAGUAUCAGUCCUAGUCUUAUCAAGACAGAAUUUCUGGCUGCUGCCACCAACGAGGCAGUGGCUAAGGCCGUUUAUAAUCAACGACCUGCACUGAAUCCGGAAGAUGUGGCUAAUGCCAUUGUCUAUGCAUUAGGCACUCCAGCGCAUGUUCAAGUAUGUGAGCUGGUAUUACGCACAGCUGGUGCAUUAUGAACGAAUUUCCGAUGGUUAUGAAACUGGAGCUGUGACCGCAAGAAAGUCAUAAUCGAAUGCAUUCGUUGCAACUCGUAAUUUCAACUCGAAUUGAAUGAUCAUCAUACGAACUUAUUAUGCUUAUGUGCGGGUAGACCUAGAAACCUACAAGUCGUC